GUCUACAAAUUCUCAAGGCUGUACUGUUUAGCUCAACUAGACAAGAAACCGAAACGGUUCAACUUGCAAAGCAAGCUUAACCAGGCGUUCUCUCUUGACUUCACUAUUUCCUGUAUUAGGAAGCCAUCUUGUUUGGACAAGCUUAUGCGACAUUACUUUUCCCUUUUAAUCUUUUGUACUUUUUUCUUUUUUUCUCAUUGUGAGUCUCCUGCUGAAGUUUGGACUUUCUCCUUCUCAAAGCAGCUUUAGAGGAGCAGGACAGGAAGAGGUAGGGGGAGCCUUCGGGUGGGAAGGAGGAGGCAGGCUUUCUGUUUAAAAGCUAAGUUUAGUUAUCUAUGUUCCUUGUCUCCUUAGUUUAAGAAAUUAAAAGCAUUUUGUGAAGGAAAUAGAAGUUACAAGUCAUAGUUUAUACUUUGUAUUUGUAUUUUCCCCCUGUCGUGUUAGGAGAGCUCCACAAACAGGAUUGCAACAGUUUGAGGGAGUGAACUGUGUGUUGGCCUGUCUGUGUACUUCUAGCUCCCUCACGCCCCUUGGUCUUGCUCCACUAUUUGACUGGCUUUAACAUUUCAGGAUGGCCAAUAGCAGCCCUGUAAUGCCCUCAGCACCCCUAUCUCAGGUAUUCUUCCCUCCGGGUGGUUCCUCUUCCCUGGGGUCUGUGGAGACACAGCAUGCCACACCAGUUUCAUUGCCUGCUGUGUAUACACCAGGCUUCCCUGCUAUGGAGACUGGUUUUUCCCAAGGGCCCAGUGGGACCAAUAUGUCUGUCAUUCCCCCUCAACCAGCUGGAGUGUCUUUCAUUAUCCAGAUCGGACUGACUCGAGAGUCAGUGUUACUACCCCAAACAGCGGAUCUUACAUAUGUCAAACAGAUUGCCUGCUCCAUUGUGGACCAAAAGUUCCCGGAGUGUGGUUUCUAUGGGAUUUAUGACAAAAUUCUUCUUUUCAAGCAUGACACAAGCACUAAUAACAUCCUUCAGUUGGUCAGUGUUGCAAAUGAUAUCCAGGAGGGUGAUCUUGUGGAGGUGGUGCUGUCUGCGGCUGCUACCUUUGAGGAUUUCCAGAUUCGUCCACAUGCAUUAAAUGUGCACUCAUACCGUGCCCCUGCCUUCUGUGACCAUUGUGGAGAGAUGCUUUUUGGUCUUGUGAGGCAAGGGCUUAAAUGCGAUGGUUGUGGUCUGAACUACCAUAAGCGCUGCGCUUUUAGCAUUCCCAAUAACUGCAGUGGGGCGAGGAAGAGACGGCUGUCAACCACAUCUCUCACCAGCAGCCAGUCUCUCCGUCUGUGCACCACUGAAUCCCUCAGUAGUGUAAGCACCAGCACAACCUCCGAGGAAACAAAUCUGAUCCGCUCACACACACAGAUGCCUCGAACUCCCAGUGAGGCACGACGGUUCUACACAUGCCGUCCUGUUCAGCUGGACAAGAUGCUAAUGAGUAAAGUAAAGGUGCCUCACACAUUUGCAGUGCACUCCUACACACGGCCCACCGUCUGUCAGUACUGCAAAAGGCUGCUCCGGGGCCUGUUCCGCCAGGGACUGCAGUGCAAAGACUGCAAAUUCAACUGUCACAAGAGGUGUGCAUACAAAGUGCCUAAUGACUGUCUUGGGGAAACUAUAGGAGAUAUAUUUAGUCCAGCUGCAGACACAGAAGUACCAAUGGACUAUAGUAAUGAAUAUUUGGACUCAGAAAGAACUUCACUGAUGGAUGAUUCAGAUGAGGCCUGCAGUAUCCCUGGCUCCUUCUCCCCAGACAACAGUCAGGAUGGAGCCAGUGGAGACCAGAGUGCUAAUAUUCCCCUCAUGAGAGUGGUACAGUCAGUGAGACACACCACACGCCGCUCCAGUACAGCUAUUAAGGAAGGCUGGAUGGUGCACUACAGCAACAAGGACACCCUGAGGAAGCGCCACUACUGGCGCCUGGACUGCAAGUGUAUCAUCCUUUUCCACAAUGACACCACCAAUAAAUACUAUAAGGAAAUACCUCUUUCUGAAAUUCUUGAAGUAUGCCCAGCAGGUGAUUUCAGUUUGGUACCCAGUGGUGCCAGCCCACACUGUUUUGAGAUUGUGACUGGUACUAUACGAUACUUUGUGGGUGAGGCCUCCCAAUUACCUAGCAUGACAGUUCCCAACUCACCAAAUAGUGUAGGACCCAGUAGUGGAGUGGGACAGGAAGCUGCUAAAGCUUGGGAAAACGCCAUUCGCCAGGCCCUUAUGCCUGUCAUCUUCCAAGACAAUCCGCAAUCUGAAGGCAGCACCCCUCACAGACAGGCAUCAGUCAGUAUUUCAGUGUCCAACAGUCAGAUUCAGGAGAAUGUGGAUAUUGGCAUGAUUUAUCAGAUUUUUGCUGAUGAGGUUUUGGGUUCUGGCCAGUUUGGAGUGGUAUAUGGUGGAAAGCACAGAAAAUCUGGAAGGGAUGUGGCUGUCAAGGUGAUUGACAAGCUUCGUUUUUCAACUAAACAGGAGAGCCAGCUGAGGAAUGAGGUGGCCAUACUCCAGAAUCUGCGUCAUCUUGGCAUAGUGAAUCUGGAGUGUAUGUUUGAAACUCCUGAAAAAGUGUUUGUUGUUAUGGAGAAGCUUCAUGGGGAUAUGCUCGAGAUGAUCCUCUCAAGUGAGAAUGGACGUCUACCUGAGAGGCUCACAAAGUUCCUGAUCACACAGAUCUUGGCUGCCCUAAGGCACCUCCACUUCAAGAAUAUUGUGCACUGUGAUUUAAAACCUGAGAAUGUGCUGCUGUCUUCAGCUGAGCCUUUCCCACAGGUGAAGCUGUGUGAUUUUGGUUUUGCCCGCAUCAUUGGGGAGAAGUCUUUUCGGCGGUCCGUGGUGGGAACACCUGCUUACUUAGCUCCAGAGGUGCUGAUGAACCAGGGGUACAACCGGUCUCUGGAUAUGUGGUCUGUAGGAGUCAUUAUGUAUGUCAGCUUGAGUGGGACCUUUCCCUUUAAUGAGGAUGAAGAUAUUAAUGACCAGAUUCAGAAUGCUGCUUUCAUGUACCCACCAAACCCUUGGAAGCAAAUCUCUCCAGAAGCUAUUGAUCUCAUCAAUAAUCUGCUUCAAGUGAAGUUGAGAAAACGGUAUAGUGUGGACAAGAGCCUGAGUCAUGCCUAUUUGCAGGACUAUCAAACAUGGCUGGACCUGCGGGAACUGGAAUCAAAGCUUGGUGAACGUUAUAUAACCCAUGAAAGUGAUGAUGCUCGCUGGCAGAGGUUCGCUCAGGAGCACUCACUGCCUUACCCAGCCCACCUAGUACCUGCAUUUUCUGCCUCUGACGAUGAGGGGACUGAUGAUGCUUGUAUGCAGGGAUUGACUGAACGUGUUAGCAUCCUUUGAGAAGUGGAAGUGGAAAAGGAGGCCAAAUGUCAGUUGGAGGGGGCAUUUAGCUAUUUCCAAAAUUGGCUUGAAGAGAUUUUGGACCUUUUCUCCUCUUUCCUUUUUCAUAUAUCAACUCCCUCUAGCUUCUUUGCACUAUGUGCAGCUGUAUGGUCCAACUCUGUUAAUAAAGACACCUCAGCUGUUAUCUUUUCAGGCAGGUAGAGGUUCCUUUAUGCCAAACAUUUUCUUAGUUUACGAUACACAGAGGUAGGAUGAUGAUAAAAGCAAACAUAAAUGUGUACAGUGAAAAGAUGUUGUUGUACAUAUUUCUUUCAACGCUUCUUUAGCCUGAUUCAGUUCAAAAUGGUGGUAAGUCUAUGUUCUUAUGCAAUAUGCUUUAAUGGAUGUGAUUUAUUCAGUUUUUCACUGAUGUCAUAUAAUUUGUCAGCUGCAAAUUGGAUGAUUUGUUUACGUACAAUAAAGAACACACUUAUCAGACAAAAGCAUGCUUGUUCAUAUUUUCCAUCUGGAAGAUUUUCUUAAUUAUUUUAUUUUUAUUUUACCUCACCAAAUAUAAUAUUUAUGAUAAAAUCGGAAAUAGAUAAACAAAUAUUGCAGAUUCUUUUGAGAAUUUAACUGUACUGUCAAUUAAGAGUGCAGUUUAAAUAAUAUAAAUAAAAUCAUAUAGAUCAAUAUGUGGACCAUUCUUCAAAACAAUAAUUUAGGUGCGUCCUGCAUCAUUGACAUCAAACUUCCAUUUAAAUUUUAUUCUGAUAUUAAUUUACAUAUUAAUUUUAAUAAAUAUAUAAAAUACCACAUAUAUGCACUUACAUAGAAUAGAAAAGCUGUUUAACAAAAUUCCUGACAAAACAGGUUAAUAGGAAAACCAGUAUUUGCACAUAACCUGUACAGUGAUACCUGUCAGUAGUAAUGUAUAUUCAAUGAUAAAUUGUACUUGGAGCCAACUGGUUGUAAACUAGCAGUAAUUUUAUAUUUCUAUUAAGGACUAUUGAUGCUGCAUUCCGUACUAACACUUGUUUAUGUACCUAACAAAAUUAUAUUACUAAAUUAAACAACACCCUGAAUAGAGGAGAGUAAUAGGUCGUUUACUUUAACCAAUAUUGUUUUAUUACUGUGAUUGAUUAUUAAUUGAGAUUGAAAGAUUUUAAGUAUGAGAUUCUUAUGCAAAUGAACUUUGUUGCUGAGCUGUAACCUUUUGUAAAAUAUUUGAGACAGUGGGGAGGUUUGAUAUUGUCAUAUGGUUUGACAGAUGGCAAAGACAAGAUCAAGUUCAUUAAUGAAUGGUUUGAUAAAUAUUACAUUAUAAAGUUACAAUCAUACAAACUUUUACUGACUGGCCUCACCUCCUUCUAUAUAAGUUCUUGCGUUUCAGUGUCUGUUUCACAUGCUUCUGCUGAUGUAUGUUGUUUGCUGCUUUGCCUUCCAUAGUCUUGCUCAUAGGCUGUAUAUUUUUGUUUAUACAUUCAAUUUUGUUGUUUCUUUUGUACAUUUAAAAAUAAAAGUCUACCCUUGCA